AGGGGCUUGUGACAGACUUUUCUGAUUCAAAAUCUACAAACAAGCACCCCUGCCAGGUGAUUUAUCUACCCAUUAGAAACCAAGAGUUUCUUUCUGCCUAUGUGACCUUAGUCAGUUUACUUAACCUCUCAGAGCCUUCAUGUCCUCAUUUAUAAUGAGAACUAAUAUUAAUGUGUGACAUUCCUUAAUAUUAUGCCAUACCCCUAAUAGUUGUUCUGUAAAUAGUGGCAAUGUGGAUGCUCCUGCUAAUGAUGAUUUUAGCAUGCCGAAAUGCGACUUCUACCCUAAGAAGUAAGCAAUCCUGUUUCAAUCAAGAUGAUGGUUUCCCCCUUAGCCACACACACAUCAGUAAUUUCCGCCCUCCUUCCUCAAUGAAUUAACAUCACACUAAGGGAGGGAGGAUUAAGCUUCAGAUGACCACCACACACAUAUAAUUCAAGAAUACUGGCAAGACCUAAGAACACGGACGCUUGCUGGCAUAAAGGCUGAACUCAGUUGCUGGUGACUUCACAAUUGUUUCUGCCUCCCCGCACGCAUCUGUCCCCUGACUCUGUCCCCUCAGCUAGAUCUGCAAGGCUGACUCUGGGAUUCUCUUAUGAAAAUGCCUGAUGGGCUGGAGAAGAGAUCCAGACCUGUCGUUUGAUUGACAGCCCUGCCUUAACAGCCUGUUUCCCAGAAGUUGUACAAAGGCGCGCUCACAGUUGCAAAGAAUCUGAUUCUUUCCUUCUAAGUCGAGUGAUUUCCCUGGUAAUGGAUUGUGUCUCUCUGAGUUUCCACCCUGCUGAGACCAGAUACAGCCUCUGAACCCCGCUAGAACAGCAGCAAGGGUAAACAUGAAUGAAGAGCCUGUGAAGGAGAGCCUGGGAGCCCCCAAGUCUCCCAUGCCAGUGACAUCGGAGAAAAGCUCUAAGAGCGAGGUGGUGAUCAACACGACCCCACUGGUCACUGAGGUCCAGCUGCUGGCCGCCACCGGGGGCGCGGAGCUCUCCUGCUAUCGCUGCAUCAUUCCCUUCGCCCUGGUGGUCUUCAUCGCCGGGGUCGUGGUCACCGGCGUGGCUUACAGCUUCAAUUCCCACGGCUCCAUCAUCUCCAUCUUUGGCCUGGUCCUCCUGUCAUCUGGACUUUGUUUAUUAGCCUCCAGCGCCUUGUGUUGGAAGGUGAGACAGAGAAGCAAGAAAGCAAAGAGGCGCGAGAGCCAGACGGCGCUCGUGGCCAAUCAGAGAAGCUUGUUUGCUUGAGACUGAAUGAGACCAAAGGAUGGCUCUGUGGCCCCAAAGCCCCCGCUCUAACUUGAUUCAUCCAGAACCAGUGAUGGAAGGGGCGUGGCUUGGGAGCAGACUAGGAAAAAAAAAACAACAACAACAACAGGGAGUGGGGAUUGAAGGUGGGGGGAAGGGGAUUCCUCCUUUGUGAGGAGUCACCUGUCUUCUUCAAUGUCUUCUUAGUGACUCUCUUCUUUAAUGACAACCUUAAUCUUAAGGGCUAUUUCUAAGACCGAAGAAUCCCCCCCCACUCACCCCGCCCAACACACACCUGUGACAAACCUUUCUGGGGUGGUGGGAGAUGGCACAGCAUUAGGUAACAUUUGGUUCACCUUGGAAAGCAGCCAAGAAGUGAUGAGAAAAUAACGUGGUCCUAGCACACCAGAGAUCUGCCUCCAAAAUACCCUGCACUCCAGAAGUCUGUAUUAGAAACAGGUUCUGCUGAAGGUCUGCUGCAUUACCUUGGACUUCACAUAUACAUCUAUGAAAUUCUGUCACUUUUUUUUUUUUCCCCAGGAAGUUGAUUCUCUGACAUCUGUGUUUAUCUUUCAUUUUCAGUAACUCAUCACUGGUGGUACUUUAUCAUGAAGAAUAAACUAAUAUUUUUUAUAUAUAUAUAUAUUAACAUUGGACAAUUUAAGGUGAUUUUAAUGUUGUCUCAGAAGUGAACAUGAAAGGUAUAGCUAAUAGAUGACAUGGGGGGGGUUAAGUUAAUAUUAAAAUAAUCCAAUAUAGCACUUUUAAUGAUUUUUAUAUGAAAGUUUAAUGUAUAUUUCAUUCAAAAUAAUAAAUACUCAUUGCUGCUGAAACUUC